GGCACCUCUGCCUUUCAUCCUUUCCACCCUCCACCAGUCGGUUCUUGUCAGUUGCCAGUCAAAGUCGCAACCACAAUCAUUCAUUCCUUUGAUACUGCAAACAAGACCCCGCCCAGCUACCCGGCGUUUGUUUCACGCAGUUGCUUGUCCUCGCCCCAAGCUCCCAGGCUCCCUUGAAACCAGGACCCCUGCAUGGGAGACCUGGCCGGGCUAACAGCCAGGAACAUUGCAUCAUUACAUCAUCCAGUCUUUUGUCACCUCCAAGACCCGGACCCCCCAGAUCCACCCUCGAGUUGUCAUUGUGCCACCCUUGGACCUACAUCCAGAGCAAAGAACACCGCGCUGUCUGUCUGCUCCCAGCUCCAUUCUAGCCUUGCCUAUCUGGCCACUGUGGGCCUGUGUCAAUAAACGGCGCCCUGUGAGGUCACGAGUAGAGAAGUCAAGUCCGGCAAGGACUUGAUCGCUUUUCUUGUCUGCGCGCAAUUGCCGUCCCGGCUUUUCCCAUCGACGAUUACCCGCGACAGGACACAACACACCACAGCGACACCUGCGAAAACGCUACGCGCCCAACACCUACUACUCCACGCCAGCCUGCACCCGCACAACGUCAUCCCGCCCACGACAGCAACCACAAACCCCACACCCCCAAUCACCUCCAUCCCUAAGCAACCUGGCAGGAUCCAAGCGGCGCAGUCUCUCCUCGACCGGAGGUCUGCUGUUCAGUAAGAUGUUCGGCGGCUCAUCCGGCUCCUCGCCAAAAGCAGAGAGCAGUCCCAACACCACCGCAUCCUCCAACUCAAAGACAGAUAACACGUCUCCGUCCCCGUCUCCCGAAUCUCCUGGAGGCGCUGCCGAGAACGGCUCCGGUGGCGUCUCUCCCAUCUCAACCAAGAACGCCGAACAGGUCACGACCGGGGAGAAGCGCAGCGGCAAUGGCAGCCCUCCGAGCACCUCGGCUACGCCCAAGAGGAGGAGCAGCGGCGUAAGCGGAAAGGCCAGCAGCCUCAUUGCGAGCGCCAAAAACACUCUCAAUUUCGCUCAGGGCGGUAGGUCCGGCAGCGACGCCGGCUCCAAUCAGACGCCCAUCCAGAAGCUGGGUAAGGAAGACCCAUCCCUUGUCGUCCCUCAGGGCCAACACAACAACGCUGCCGGCGAGUCACUCCCAGGCCCCAGGUCUACGUUCCGCGUUGGCGUGUGGGAAGACAGGAACAAGAAAUGCCGGAGGACCAUGGAAGACACCCACGCAUUCCUCUACAACUUCCUCCACACCCCUGCACCUGCUCUCGCUUCCGAGACGGGAAGCGCCAAGUCUCAGGCCUCCUCCGACGAGGCCAACUCGCAGGCUCGCGGCGAGGGCAUGAUCGAGACCGACAACGGCUACUUCGCCAUAUUCGAUGGCCACGCUGGCACCUUUGCCGCGGACUGGUGCGGGAAGAAGCUACACAUCAUUCUAGAAGACAUCAUUAAGAAAAACCCGAAUGUUCCUAUACCGGAACUGCUGGAUCAGACAUUUACGACCGUGGACGCCCAGCUCGAGAAGCUACCCCUUAAGAACAGCGGCUGCACAGCUGCUGUCGCGGUGAUGCGUUGGGAGGAUAGGGUGCCUAGCAACUCUUCUCAGACGGGGUCCCAGUCGAUCGCUCCAGCACUGGCCAAGGCCGCAGAAAAGCCCUCUGAAGGGGCUGACGCGAAACCCGAGGCGGAGCACGCCAAGCUCAAGGGUAUCGCAUCAAGACAACGCGUUCUGUACACUGCCAACGUCGGCGACGCCCGGAUCAUCCUGUGCCGCUCCGGCAAGGCCCUGCGUCUGUCGUACGACCACAAGGGCAGCGACGAGAAUGAGGGGAAGCGCAUCUCCAACGCCGGCGGUCUCAUCCUUAACAGCCGGGUCAAUGGCGUUCUGGCGGUGACUCGGGCGCUUGGCGAUUCCUACAUGAAGGACCUGGUCACCGGGCACCCGUAUACGACUGAGACAGUGAUCCAGCCCGACAUCGAUGAGUUCAUUAUCAUUGCGUGCGAUGGUCUCUGGGAUGUGUGCUCUGACCAGGAGGCAUGUGAUCUUGUGCGCAACGUCGAAGACGCGACGGCAGCCUCGAAGCGUCUGGUAGACCACGCGCUGGCCCGGUUCAGCACGGACAACCUGUCGUGCAUGAUCGUUCGGUUCGACAAGGACGCACUUGUGGAGAGCCAGGCAAACAGGAACAGCCGCCUCGGCGUCGAAGGAGAUGGCGUGCCUGCCGGUGGCAAGAUCAGUGAGACAGAAAAGAUCGUCAGUGCCGCGAAAAAGCAGAUUGCAGAAGGAGGCCCUGCCGUGGGCGUGUCGGCGAGCAACAGCGGCAGAGGUCACGAUCCCAUACCCCCGCUGAAUGACGAGAGUGGGGAAUCGUUCACGCCGACGGCGAUCGAGGGCACCGUGGAGGAGGAGCCUGCGCAGGUGGAUGGCGAGGCGGCGGAGCCUGCGUCAGCAAAGCCCGUGGACUCCAAGGACGUCAAGCUGGAUCCGGCACCGAAACAGUCUUGAUACUGCUGAGAAGAUGGACCAGCAUGGUGGCUCUCUUGUUCCGGACAUGUUUUGUUGGGGUUUUUACAGGUCUGAAAUCAAUCAGUAAGGCGCCCUCGAGCAGCACCGCAAGGAAAGGAAAGGAGUUUGGCAAUAAGGGAGGCUCCACCGUGGAACACAGUAUGAUGCGAUGAAGAGAAACAAGAGAGUGUGUGUGGACAUUGUUCGGAUUUCAGGCCGGUCCGCCCGGCUCUCUUGGCUCUGCAGGGGAGGGGGAAAAGGCAGGCCACGAGCAGAGAGGGAGAAGGCACAGGCGAGAAGAAACGACUUUGUCAGCUGUCAUUAUGCUUUUUACACGGGCGAGGAGACACGGGCAGGCACAUGAAGGUCGCGAGUGAUGUAUUAUGUGUAUGCUUUGCAGCAUCCCUAGGUAUGCCUUUAUCCUCUAUUUCUGAUGCCGUGCAAGAUCCCAAUUGAAGGUGGCCUGGUGUGGGCGCGCGACCGUACAGUAUAGUAUCUCCCCUUCGAGGAAGGGUUCUAGAAGGACCCGGGCUGGGCGUGAGCGUUGGAUGGAACGGUCUUGAAACCAGAUGCGAUCGAUCUGCCAUAUCGGUGCGGGAGGCUGCAUCACGAUGGCAGAUCGAUUAUUGCUUUUUUUUGCUUUUUUG